AUGCCACUCUCCAUGUUGCAGCAGACUCCAGAUGUAGAUAGCCCCUUACUCUCUCGGCAUUCUGGACACCCAGGCACAGGAACAGGAGGUAGAGCCAAUCAACUUGAGAGAAUUGGUGCCCUUGUGGGUGCCCCAGCACGGACCAGCCAACCCAAGGGCUCUACCUCCCUCAAUUUGAACAUUCCGGUCAACCCUCUUGCUCCAGAAUCAGUUCGUAAGGGUUGUGGAAGUCGGGCAAAGAAACCUCCUCCACCAUAUAGUGCCUCUGAGCUGGUGGAUCCCCCUGCUGCAACUUCCACUAAAGCUCAGGGAAAGAAAGCCAAGGCGACGAAGACUGCUGUUAUCCCUCCCUUGAGCAUGGAGGCAUCAGACAUCCAAUCCAGUUUUCAUCAACAUGAAGCUGGUGCAAGCUUUUCUCAACACAUUGUUCCCCCGGGCACAGAACCUGACUUGCAAGCACUCAACAACCCAUAUGUAGCUACAGCAAGGGAGAAGGUUGCCACAAUGUGUCUUCCUGCUAUCACUACUAGAUCUACAAAGAAAGAUUUUGUGCCACCAAUACCUUCAAGAUCUACAUCAGCUAUGAUGGAAGUGGUCAAAAAGAUUCAGAAUCAGACACGUCUAGAAGUUGGUUGGGGAGCAUCAAAGGGAUACCUUACUGCGCACCCUGGUUUCUCAAAGAAAGUAUUACCAUCUCAACCCCAGGUCACCACUGCUCUGCCGUCAGACUUCAAGUUCCAAUAUUCCCAUGAUGAAGACAAUAAUAUAGCAUUGGCUGUGGAGGAUAGUGCCUCCAGCGAUGAUGACAUCCAGCUGGCGGCCAUUGAACCCAAGCCAGAUGAUGUUUUACUCCAUCACCAAAAGAAAAAUGGAUGCCCCUUGGAGGAAUCAGAAACCAAAGCUUCUAUGGUCAAAGCACCAAGAUCCAAGGAACUGUCUGAGCCCAAGCCCACUCAACUUGGCUGGUACCUGCCACACUGGAAGGCCUUCCUUGAGGAUGCCAAAGGGGAUUGCUAUACACAGCACACAAUCGAGAAUGCAUUCCCAACUUUGGCCGAUGAUCUACCCAUUUCCAAUGACUUGAAGGCAGUCUGUGGCCCAAUUACAAGCCUGACAUGGCGAAACUGGUAUCUGUAUGAAGAUUGGUCAACCUGGCACUCCGAUUUGAAGAAAACAGCAGUUGCCAUAGCACCCACCAUAUACAACCUCAUCCCCUCACCCGAAGUCGCUAUGCAAGAUCGUGUGACAUAG